CACCUGCCCUGGCCACAGACUUGCCCCUCCGCUAGAGGGUUGGCGAUAUGCGCCUGCGCGCGCCUUUCCGCGAGGUGAACAGUAGCCCCUCCGUGGGCGGUGCUUAGUGGAGGCGAAGUUCGAAGUCGCGACGUCACAGAGGGUCUCCCUGUGACGCAAUGGGCCUUCGGGGAAGCCCGCCAGCUGGGCAGGGGACUCGGCCGGGAGCCAAAUUCUGAUCCCGCGGGCGGGCCCGGCGCGAAAGGCGGCCGGAGGAGAGUGGCGCCUGUUCUGACGACCCCGGGGAAGACACGUGUCGCUGCCAAAGCCCCGCAGCAGAGCUGGAAAAUGCCCGGCCGCCGCGCCUUUGUGGGGCUGACUCUGCCGCUGCUGCCCGUCUCGCUGGGGGUCUUGCUGGGCCUGGCCCCGCGCGCCUCCCCGCUGGACAACGGGCUGCUGAGGACGCCCCCGAUGGGCUGGGAGCCCUGGGGCCGCUUCAAGUGCAACACGGACUGCGGGAAGGACCCCGAGAACUGCAUCAGUGAGCACCUGAUCAGGGCCAUGGCCGACCGGCUGGCUGCCGACGGGUGGAAGAAGCUGGGCUACGAGUACGUCACCCUGGAUGACUGCUGGGCAGCGGGCAAGCGGGACGCCCACGGGAGGCUCCAGGCAGACCCGCAGCGCUUCCCCAGCGGGAUGAAAGCCCUGGCUGACUAUGUUCAUUCCAAAGGCUUGAAAUUUGGCAUCUACAGCGACUUGGGCAAUGCCACCUGUGCAGGUUACCCAGGCACAACCCUGGAGACGGUGGAGACGGAUGCAAACACCUUUGCAGAGUGGGAGGUCGACAUGCUAAAGCUGGACGGCUGCUUCUCGGACUCCUCCUUCAAGGCUAUAGGUUACCCCAAAAUGAGCAGAGCGCUGAACCAGACUGGGCGGCCCAUUGCCUUGUCUUGCAGUUGGCCGGCUUACGAAGGGGGCCUUCCGCCCAAGGUGAAUUACACCUUACUGGGCCAGAUUUGUAACUUCUGGAGGAAUUACGCCGACAUCGAAGAUACUUGGGACAGCCUCUUCCACAUCAUUGAGUGGUACGGAGACCACCAGGAUAUCCUGCAGCCGGCCUCGGGGCCCGGAAGGUGGAAUGAUCCUGACAUGCUGAUCAUCAGCGACUUAGGCCUGAGCCACGAGCAGUCGAAGGUGCAGGCGGCGCUGUGGGCGGUCCUGGCGGCCCCCUUCUUCAUCUCCUGCAACCUGAGGAACAUCUCGGAGGAGGCGAAGGACACGCUGCAGAACCCGCUCCUGAUCUACAUUAACCAGGACCCGAGGGGCGUUCAGGGCAGACUCCUUGCCAGGAAGCAGAACUUUGAAGUCUGGAAGAGGCCCCUGGCCAAUGGCCAGUAUGCGGUCGCAAUCCUGAACAACAGAACUGAUGGGCCCCCACGCUCAUUUGCUACCACUCCCGGCCUCCUGGGAAUUUCAGGCUGCAGAGCAGGCUAUAGGCUCUACGAUGUGCUGGGCAAGCUGUCCAUGGGCGCUUACGCCCUCAAUGACACCAUCAUUGCCAAGGUGAUGCCCACCGGGGUGCUGCUGCUCUUUCUGAACCCGCUGUGCUAAUCCUGCCAUUGCGCAGGGCGAGGGAGCCAGGGUCGUUUCUGGGAAGGACCAGCUGCUUCCUGCUUGCAGUGAGGCUUCAGGUAAAGUGACCAGCCCUCCCGAACUGCCCUGCUGGUGCUGCUUCUCCUAGGGGGUCUCUGAAUUUUCUGAGGCAGAGCCCCCACCCAGUUCACAAAGGGCAAAGGACAGAGCACCAAAGCAGGCCCCCAGCAGGUCCGCAGGGCUGGGAAUGAGGGACUGUCAGGAGGCCGGGAUCUGCUGGGAUGCUGGCUGCGCCCCCUUGCUUUCCCAACGGGGGUGAGUCCGGAAAACCCCCCAUCAUCCCUGCAACUAAAUGGUUCUUAUUUCAGUGGCUCCAGUAAUCCUGUACUUGUUGCCUUCCAAAACCCAGGGAGGCAGAGGGGGGGUGGGGCAGCUCACCUGCUUGCUCUCCCACGUGUCUCAUGCGCUGGUGCUCCCAGCAUCGGCUGGGCCCAAACGAGGGGAAGCCAAGGAACCAGUGACGUUUCUGUGCUUGGGGGGGGCGGGAUGUUUGCAGGUUGCUGGCACUCCUCUGGUUCGGAAAGGAGGGGAUACUUCUCCGAUUGGCCUGUUUU